UUCUGACCUGAAUGCCAGACUGAGUUUGUUGCUGUUGCAGUCAUGUGGUCCACUCUUAUUGUGUCAGGCCUUCUUCUUGCUCCAUGUAUCCACUCCGUUCAGUGGUGCUACCAGAGCCAAUACUCAUGUGAUGUAAAUUGCAAAGAUCCUAGUCAGUGGGACAAAGCCUUUCCAGAAUGUGGAGGCCAGACACAAUCACCCAUUAACAUUGUCACGCAAAAGGCAAGGCAUGCCCCCCACCUAACCCCGAUCAUCUUUGAAGGCUACACACAAACUCUGAAUGUCACUGUGCAAAAUGUUGGAUAUAGUGCUGUGCUUGCACUUCCACCAUCUCUGCGGAUCCGAGGUGGGGAUCUGCCUGCCACUUACAAGGCCAUCCAGCUGCAUCUACACUGGGGAGUGGAAGAUGGGUUAGGCUCAGAACACACCAUAGAUGGGGAGCAGUAUCCCAUGGAACUUCAUAUUGUUCAUAUCAAAGAGCAGUACAAUACCCUAAAAGAAGCCAUGAAUGAUUCAGUGGGGGUAGCUGGUCUUGCUUUCUUCUAUGAGGUCUCCACAAAGGAAAACCAAAAAUUCAAUGAAGUAAUUGAGGCUUUGGGUAGAAUUCCAUAUAAUGGGAACAGCACCACUCUCCAGAAUUUCCGGUUGACUGAUAUCUUGCCUCCAUUAGAGAAGCUUUCCAGUUACUACCGUUACUCAGGUUCUUUGACCGUUCCAGGCUGUGAUGAGGCCAUCAUCUGGACCAUCUUCCAGGAGUUUUUUUACAUCAGCCAACAACAGCUGGUGGAUGUAACAAAGCAGUUGCGGUUCGAGACAGGACAUCCCAUGAUUGAAACCUACCGCCCAGUGCAGAAGCUAAACGGGCGCAUGGUGUACAAAUCCACGGCAUGUUCCUUUACGUCAUCAGGACCAGUCAUUCUGUGUCUGUGUUUCCUUUGUGUUUUUAGGCUGAUCGAGAGUAUAUUCACAUAAUGUACUGUCUUUAAUUUUAAGAUAAAAAUCCAAAAGAACGACAAUACAAAUAUAUUUUUGAGAUAAGGCAUAUACAGUACUAUUGUACUGAAAAAGGGUUUUAGCGCAUAAAAAAAAAGGCAAUUGUUUAUUCAUUUGUUAGCAACAUACAAAGCAAUGCUGUGCAAGAGUAGUGUUUUUGUACCCCAUUAUGAUUAAAAACUUUAAGUUCCACAA